CCUGCACUUCUUAAAGCUCACCGGGAUCUGCACUGCUUCUCUUCACCGACCUUCUUGAUUUGGGUUCAGCCUUACCCAGGCGAACUGCUCUCUUUGCGAGAUGUCUCCAAACUCGACCGAUUCUACCAGUUCUUCCAGUUCGUCAGAUUCUACCAGCUCUUCCAGCUCACCUGAUUCUUCGCCGAGCCAGAGUGAUCCUACAGAAAAACAAGCGGCUUCUCCUGCACCCGCUCCAUCUGAUCCAACUUCAUCUAGCUCCUCCAACUCUUCUCAAUCCUCACCGAGUCUGAACGAUCCGAAAGGAAAACGUGUGGCUUCUCCUGCUCCCAAUUCGUCUGAUUCACCGUCUUCGUCUAGUUCUUCCUCGACAUAUGAGGAGGUCAGCUCAUCUCAGCCUGCCUACGAUGUUGACGAAGUGCACAAUGUCGAAGUAGGUCAGCUUAACGAGACAGAGAGCGAAAAAGUAGUUCAGUCGGGCGGAGUCGAUCUUGACGAAGCUCAGCGCGAGAUAGUCCUAGGCAUUCCCACAGUUCGUCGUAGAAUUGUUACUCCUACGAUGGUCAAAGAAUCCUGUUCUAGUAAGAAGAGCAUUCUUAGGGUGUUAAAGCAUGCCAGGGCUUCGAGAAUCAGCAUUAAGAAACCAAAAAAUUUUCAAAUACCAUGGGAUGCUCCUGAAGGUUAUAUAUGCAUUUACGAGGAUUAUUUCCGAUCUUGCGGACUUCGCUUUUCGAUUCCCAGUCGAUUGAUUGGAUAUUGUAAUCGUCGAGGAGCUGUCUUAUCUCAGUUGAUGCCGGCUUCUGUUACUAACUUCGUCGGAAUCCAGACCCUUGGGUCAGACAUUGGUUUUGAGGUCACAAUUUCGGUAUUCGAAGACUUGUGUAACAUGAAGAAUAACAAGAAACCAUGGUACUUCUCCGCUUGUACGAGGUCGCCAUCCUUGGAGCUGUAUUAGUCAUUCUGGUGUUACGCCAAAAGUUGUCACUCGAUUUAGCGCAGUAGGAAAGAAGCGUUGGCCCUCUGCUUAUGAGGUUUUGAUAGCUCGUCAGGAAAAACAUCGUGCGCAAGCAGCCCAAAAGUCGAAGACUUGCAAACCUCGCCAUACUGGUCAAGUAUCUCUGAAUGUACACUUAGUUGGAUUUAACUUCAUGCCAUACUGGUCAAGUAUCUCGAAACAGGUUUGGAGAUGUCGAACAUGAUCCUUGGCGAGAAGAGACUUGACGAGCAUGUCGUCAAUGUAGAGCUCCAUGGUUCGGCAGAGCUGAUUAGAGAACAUUCGAUUGAUAAGUCGUUGUCUGCCGCAUACUGGUUGGUUGAAUCAAGAUGGAGCUUUUUGCCGACAAGACCCCGAUCACGGCGGAGAACUUUAGGGCUCUCUGUACUGGGCGAGAAAGGCAUUGGCAUGUCUGGUAAGCCACUCCACUUCAAGGGAUCAAUCUUCCACAAAGUAAACCUCGGUUAUAUGUAGUGUGGAUGGGAUAUCAUUCACGGUCACGUGGAAGGAUCGCUCGGCGAAUCGAUCUACGGCCUUCGAUACCCGAACGAGAACUACACCGUUAAGCACGACCGUCCAGGUAUCCUCUCCAUGGCCACCAACAAUGAAGAGAACCCCUAUGCAAAUGUUUACGGAUCUCAGUUCAUGAUCGUCAUGAACAAGUCCACGGAACUCGACGGUAUUGCACAUCAUUUUUGGCCAAGUGAUGGAAAAAUAGCUUUGAUUAUGAGAAUUUUUAGAUUUGGUACCAUAUGCGUUGUAGAUAGUUGGUUUGUUUUGUUAAUGAGCUUCAUAGAUUUUGCUGCUAAUUUUCAUUGAGUUUCAUCACUUGAUUGAUUUUUAUAUUUGUAAUGAUCCAGGGAGUUAACUCUUUCGUUGUUUCAAUGCUCUUUACCUUGAUGAGUACAUGUGUACAGCCAAGCUUGUGGGAUGAGCUUCGAGCUGGACGUAUUAAGAUCGCCGAGUUGCAGGAUGAGUUGCUAGCCGCGCAUACGGAGAUUGAGAAGAUGAGGUUGGCAAUGUUUAAGCAGGCCACGGCACAGAAAAUUGGACAAGGACAAGGCAUUAAGUAGAUCUUAAUUUAUUCUAUACCACUACAAUGGUACGUAGCUGUGGUUGUUUUUUUAAUGUUCGGUGUGUUUUCCUGUUGUUCUUUCUUUGUA